AUGGAGUCCCGCGGACACUCAAACCCGCUUCUGUCGUUUUCCAGCUUCAUCCACCAACACUGCGUCCGUCUCCGGGCCGACCUCGCGACACGUUUGGAUGACACCAAGCGAGCCCUAGCUCAAGCUCAUCAUAAUCUUCUAUCCCCCAAACACGCCCUCGCCGCCACUGCCACUGCCACGUUGAGUUCCCACCACGUCGCUAAGUCCCUCGUCGGCACCUCUGUUUACACCGUCAGCAAUUCCAACAAUGAGUUCGUUCUUAUCUCCGACGCCGACGGAGCCAAGUCCAUUGGAUUGCUCUGCUUUCGCCAAGAGGACGCCGAAGCCUUCCUCGCUCAGGUUCGAUCGCGGACAAGAGAACUUCGAAACAAGGCUAGGGUUGUUCCAAUUACUCUCGACCAGGUAUACAUGUUGAAGGUGGAAGGCAUUGCAUUCCGGUUCUUACCUGAUCCAGUUCAAAUAAAAAAUGCUUUGGAGCUCAAAUCAGCCAACAAGGCAGGUUUUGAUGGAGUUCCUGUGUUUCAGUCUGAACUCUUGGUUGUGAAGAAGAAGAAUAAGCGUUACUGCCCUGUAUAUUUCUCUAAGGAGGAUAUUGAGCAGGAACUGUCCAAAGUUUCCAGGGCAUCCAGAGGUGUUUCUCAGCAUAUAGUGGUUGGUAGCUUGGAAGAUGUACUGAAAAAAAUGGAGAUGAGUGAAAGGAAUUCAGGAUGGGAAGAUUUGAUUUUUAUUCCCCCAGGAAAAAGUCACUCUCAACACAUACAAGAAAUAAAUAAAUGA